CAGUUCUCAGAAUCUGGCAGAUGAUCUUGCACUGAGCAGUUUGAGAGUUAGCAUUGUGCUGACGCAACAAAACGGGAAAGAGGGAAAAAGGGACAACCAUCGCUAUCAGCACCCCCUGCGCAUCGGUACAGUUAUUUUGUAUCUCAAAGCACAAACUGAGCUGUUCAUUGUCUGUCACUCGAGUCCUCAGGUACUCGUCAACUCGCGACGCAAUUUUUACUGCGCCCUUCACCCAAUCGGAUCCCAUCUGAUCUUUAAACAACAGUUGCGACACUUCGCCAAGCACAUCGCAUCUUCCACUUCAUACAACAACAAAUGGCUGUCGAAAACACCGGGGCUCCCGCUGGGGCUCCCGCACCACAGGAGAAGGGGAAGCAACAAGCUAAGUCCACUGUUGCCAACACACCAGCUACUACCGGAGGAGACGCCGCCGGCGAACAGAAGCUCACUCCCGCCCAGCUAAAAGCCAAGGCUAAGGCCGAGAAGGCAGCACGACGGGCAAAGGCAAAGGAAGUGAAGGAAGUCCCACCAGCGGCCGCAGUAGCAGAUGCAAAGGGGGGCAAGAGCGGCAAGGGCGGCAAGCAGGAGGGUAGUCAGUCCGCGGGGUCUCAGCAACAGGGCAAAUCUGUGCCCGGUCGCAGGCCGUCCGUGAACGGAAGGCGGCCUUCGGUUGCCAUCAUCAAGGAGGAUCCGAGGAGUAGCAUUCCCGAGUGCUUUAGCCAUGUGGCCAUGGCCAAGCGGAUACAGACGUCGCAGGCGCACAAGGACGUGCACCCUGCCGUGCUGGCGGUCGGCCAGCAGAUGGCUACUUUUGCGCUGAAGGAUAGCAUUGCCAGGCUGGAGGCGACCCUUUUGGCGUUCAAGAAGGUGAUUGAGUCCUACGAAACACCAAAGGGAAACUCACUGUCACGCCACUUUGUCCCGCAUGUCCUGAACCCCCAGAUCGAGUAUCUGACCGAAUGCCGUCCCAUGUCCUUCUCCAUGGGUAACGCCAUCCGCUUCCUCAAGUCCCAAGUCAACAAGUUCGACAUCGACACGCCCGAGGACGAAGCAAAGGAGUCCCUCCUCGAGUUUAUCGACAUCUUUAUCAACGAGCGCAUCACCCUGGCCGAGGUGGUCAUCUCCAAAAACGCUGCCGAGCUCAUCGACGAGGACGGCGUCGUCCUCACGUACGGCCGCCACCGGCUGGUAGAGAAGACCAUUCUGCGGGCCAAGGCCAACGGGAAAAGCUUUGCCGUGUCCGUCAUUGAUGACCCGUACGACCAGGGCGGCAAGGAGCUCGCCAAGACGCUACAGCAGGCCGGCAUCCGCGUCUUCUACUCGCCCAACCUCGGCGGCGUGCGGGCGCACCUUGAGCGGGCGAGCAACGUGCUGCUCGGCACCGAGGCCAUCUUCGCUAACGGAUCUCUGCAUGCCCCCGCGGGAACGGCGGACGUCGCCAUGGCCGCUUCUGCCGCCAACGUCAAGGUGGUGGCCCUCUGCGAGACUAUCAACUUUGACCGCGAGCGUGUGUCGGUGGACUCGCUCACCUACAACGAGAUUGACCCCGAGCGAUGCUCGGCUGAGUCGUUCCGGCUGAUGUUUGAUAACACACACAGCAAGUACAUUGCGGGUGUGAUUACCGAGUUUGAGAGCGGUACAGAUUUCGCUCCGGCGCAGGCUAUCUUGACGCUGUUAAGGAAGCGGGAGGAUCCUACCAUUGCUUAAACGGCAGAGUAUAGGAGAGGGUGACGGUGAGAUGAAGGAGAUAGGCAGAAAACUGCAAGAGUUGUUAGCCGGUGGUGGCGCGCCAGCUAGGUCACAGAGCUAGAGUAGGUAAAUAGAGAUACCCGCAUCUUAAACGGGGCUUACAACACGACCGCAUAGUUUGCGGCGAAGCGAACCUGGGGCAAAUAACCGAGGGAGAAGACGAAGGGAAAGGGAAAGGCAAAAACGGGAAGGGAGAUCAGAGCAUUGAAUUCAAACGAACUCGACUGUCAAGACACUUCUUUCCCUGCUUGCUGUGUCUGCCUGUAGCAUGUCUAUCAUGUGCUGACUUCUCUUCUUCAAUAGCUGGGCGUGCCGUAUAGGUCCUGUGGGUUCCCUUUCCUGCCCAUCUAUCUACCUGCCCUUGCGUCCCUCUUUCUCUCUUCCCCAGUGUACUGUGAUUCCACGAGGUCCCA